GAAAUUGCUGGAAGAAGUAAUGAAUGAUACAAUUGAGAUCAGGAUUGACAGGCAUCUUUAACAGAAGUUUGAAAUCGUGAAUGGAAAGUUGCUGCCUGUUCUCAGCCCAGGAACAGCACUGUGUAAUGUUACAACUAGAAUAAAGGAUUUGGGACUGCUGAGAUCUCAGGGGUUAGCUAUCAUGAAACACGACUGAGUUGCUGUGCUGGAGUUGUUUGAGCUGAAAGUAUACCCUAGCACUGUUCACAAAUCUUAAGUUUUGCCUUUUCCCUUAACUGAAAAAUAUACCUAUUUGAAAUGUAGGGAGAGAGAGGUGAAACGCGUGCUUUUCAAAGUCAGCUGAAAAGGUGGAACUUGGGAAGACUGACUGUUAGCUUACUCCCAAAAUAUACUUAGGCACCCAAAAGUAAUUUAUAGCAAAUUCAUGUCUGUGUUUAUUGCACUACAUUUACCCUGGACUGAGUGUAGAAUAGCAAGUUCCUUGUUUUUCAGCUGUCACUGUGUUGUUUCCAUCUUUCAGUGAUGGAAAAAAGAGUAUUUGCUGUCACUAUAGGAAAAUGCACAAGCCUUUUCUGCUUCUUGUACCAUGAGAAAAGGUCUGAUAAAGGGCAUUUGCAGUUGAUGAAGAAUGAGGUGGAAAAAAUGAGCUGGAGUUCCAAAUGUCAGGAGGAGUUAAUGUGCUGGAAAUUUGAGAUAACUAAAUCCAAUCUUAGACACCAAAUAAAUUUGGAUCCCCAUUAGGAUGCUCUCCUUGUGACUUUGGAAAUUUGAGGGAGUUGGCAGGUAUAACAGAACUUGCAAGAACAUUGAAGUUUGUCUUCUGCAAAAUCCUGCUUGGAAAGAUUUAUGUGUAUGUAAAUAAAGCAGGUAGCUUUAUGUCAGAUGUAGUGAAGAAAAAUUACAGGCUUGGGAGUGCUGCUUCCUUCUGUGGUGUGGGGUUUUUCCCUUCUUUUUUCCUUUUUUUUUUUUUUUUUUUCCUAUAAGCACUAAUGCUUUGCAGUUUUUGCUUUCAUUUGGAGCUUCUCUUCUCAUGUGUGUCUGAUCUUCAUAUCUUGGGCUAAGUUAGUUUGUCAUUCCACCAUUCAGCUAAGCAGCUUCAGCUGCGCUGGUCUUAUCACAGAUCAGCAGCUGAAAACCAGAAGCCCCAGCAGCAGACAGGAAUGCUGACUGCCACCGUGCAGAGAAGUGCUAUAAACAAGCUUUCCUUCGGCCUUUGCUGAGGCAACAGGAUGGUGGCACAGUAACGGGAGAAAGGCAAAUGAGGCGAGCUCCGAGUCGAUAGCUUCUUCCCCUAAAAGGGACACCAUGAGCAACUUCCUACCAGACAGCAGCUGUUAUGAGUUGCUCACUAUCAUAGGCAGAGGCUUCGAAGACUUGAUGGUUGUGAACCUGGCCAGGUAUAAACCCACAGGAGAGUAUGUCACAGUCAGAAGAGUGAACUUGGAGGCCUGCACAAAUGAAAUGGUCACAUUCUUGCAGGGGGAACUUCAUGUUUCCAAGCUCUUCAACCACCCUAACAUUGUGCCGUACAAAGCAACUUUCAUAGCUGACAAUGAGCUAUGGGUAGUGACAUCUUUCAUGGCCUAUGGUUCUGCAAAAGAUCUAAUCUGUACCCAUUUUAUGGAUGGGAUGAGUGAACUGGCUAUCGCAUACAUCCUCCAAGGCGUAUUGAAAGCACUUGACUACAUCCACCAUAUGGGCUAUGUACAUAGGAGUGUUAAAGCCAGCCAUAUCCUGAUUUCUGUGGAUGGGAAGGUGUACCUCUCUGGCCUGCGAAGUAAUCUAAGUAUGAUCAACCAUGGGCAGCGACUCAAGGUUGUUCAUGACUUCCCCAAAUACAGCAUCAAAGUCCUGCCUUGGCUCAGUCCUGAAGUCUUGCAGCAGAACCUCCAGGGUUACGAUGCAAAAUCUGACAUUUACAGUGUAGGGAUAACAGCCUGUGAGCUGGCAAAUGGACACGUACCAUUUAAAGACAUGCCUUCUACUCAGAUGCUCUUGGAAAAACUGAAUGGAACUGUUCCCUGCCUGCUAGACACCACCACAAUUCCUGCUGAUGAGCUGACUAUGAAAACCUCCCGUUCAAGUGCUAACUAUGGGAUGGGCGAGAGCAUGGCUAUUAGCAAUGUGAGAGCGGCCAACGGAGAGCCAGCCCUGCACCCUUAUCUUCGGACCUUCUCCACCUACUUCCAUAACUUUGUAGAGCAGUGCCUCCAGCGGAACCCCGAUUUCAGGCCAAGUGCAGGCACGCUGCUUAAUCAUCCCUUUUUCAAGCAGAUCAAGCGCCGUGCUUCUGAAGCACUCCCUGAACUUCUGCGCCCUGUCACCCCAAUCACCAAUUUUGAAGGAACGCGGCCCCAGGAUCCCAGUGGCAUUUUUGGGCUGGUGUCAAACCUGGAGCAGCUGGAUGUGGAUGACUGGGAAUUCUAGAAAAACAAGGACUCCACCUGGUUCUGGAGCAGCUUUCUGGACAUUGUAAUUUAUUGGUCCUGUUCAUAAAAGGUGAUGAAUGUUACACAUAGAAGAGUUUACAGGUCCUUGGGAAGGAACUUCAGCUGCCUCUUUACUUAGGAAGUAGCCUGGAAACAAAUGGGACAGACCUGAGCUGGAAAAGGAUCAACCCCAAGGAACUGUGGAGUAUUCCAGAUGGUGCAGUGCCCAGAGCCCCAGUUCUCACAGCUGAGCGCUGGUAGAUCACUUGAAUGGGUUGAGUGAGUCUGUUUAGUCUCUAUUUAUGUGUUUCUAAAAAUCACUGGCUUCCUCGUAUCACAGUCGAAGGCUGCAUGUCCCUACCCUCUUUGGUUCUUUCUCUUUUAAGGGUGCCUUAGAGUUAAGGGGAGGCAGGCAGCUCUUAGUUUUGGGCAUUCUCUUAGAACUAGUCCGAGUACUGUUACAGGGUGAGUUUGGAGGGUGGAGAAAAAAGGGAUUAUGUUCUUAAAUUUAGUCACUGCUUUGUGAUAGAAAAUGGGAGAUCGAAGAUAACCAGAUUCUGUUCCAGGCACAUCUGCUGCAUCAGGAAUUCCUCUGCAGCACUGGAUUCUUAUCUUCCAGUUCUGGAGAGAGCUUUUGAAGAGACUCCUCUCACUUGAGGCUGAGCACUCUGAACUCCAGGUCAGACAGGGCAUUCCAGCAUCUCCUCCCAUGGCUGCCUGGGUCACCAAAGCGAGUGUGUACGCCCGUACAACGUACCAGCUCUUUUAUCCCUACAGCACAUCUUGUUGAGCCUCCCAUUAGCUGGGCUGGUUUCACAGCACAUAACACUCAUACCAGCUUUUUCUCCGUGACUUACCCUGGCACAGAGGAAAAAUAAGUCCAUUUUCAUGCUAAAUCCUCUUGCUCACGACUCCUCCUUGAACAUCAUGUACAGAACUGAUGUUAAGCCUUCCAUUACCAUUGCUGUUCUGCCUUCCCUGUCUGACUGACAGGUAAAAGCUUGCUUCUCACGUGGCUCCCCUUGAUUCACGGCUGUGUGACUCUGCCCUGCUGCCGUGGCAGCUCUCCCCCAGUCCAUGGUAUUUGUUUUUUGGAGGUGUAUUUAAGGCUUUUAGUUUGACCCUUCCAAGGACCAUGGGUGCUGGAUGUCUUUCUACUCUGUAACGAAGCACUGAGAAUCCAGUCCUGUAGGUGUGGUUGAUGGGAGUAGCGGUGCUGGCAACAGGUCCUUCUUGUGUUUAUAAACUGUACUUGAACCCAGAUAAAGUUUGUUACUCUAGUUUUUUGCCAAAACAAAUAAAAUAUUUCUGAAGUUGUUUUUUUUAA